ACAUUUUCAACGCGUAAAACGGGCUAAAGGGCUCAGCUUAGUAUCAGCCUAUAAAAAAGAAAUAGAGAAUUUUGAGGACGCUGACCAGAACAUACUUCAAUUUACUCGAAUUGUAUUUUGGUGUCUCGUAGAAUUCGUCACAAAAAUGGCAGAUCCGGCAACACAAUCUGCCCAGAUAUCGUCCUCUCUGAACGCCUCGACAAAAGAAUCCACAUAUUGCGUGAUGGAGCUGGUGUACUGGCGGGACCCCAAGAAGUCGGCGGUGGCCUUUGGCAUGUCCCUGCUGGUCCUGCUGUCCCUGGCUACCUUCAGUGUCAUCAGUGUGGUGUCCUACCUGCUGCUAGCGCUGCUGUGCGUCACCAUCACCUUCCGCAUCUAUAAGUCCGUCCUUCAAGCGGUGCAGAAGUCUGAAGACGGCCACCCUUUCAAGGCACUGAUGGAGAAAGACCUGACUGUUAAGUCUGAGAAUUUCCGCCAAUUUGUGGAUAUGUCCCUGACCUAUUUGAACCAUGCCAUCAAACAGGCCAGGCACCUGCUGCUGGUGGAGGACCUUGUGGACUCACUCAAGCUGGCUGGUUUCAUGUGGCUGAUGACCUAUGUGGGAGCUGUUUUCAAUGGUAUCACCAUCCUGAUCCUGGCUGAUGUCAUCUUCUUUAGCACUCCACUGGUUUAUGAGAAAAACAAAACUCAGAUCGAUAAAUACAUUGACCUGGUUCGCACAAGAGUGGAAGUCACCCUUGCGAAGCUUCAAGAUAAACUCCCUGGAGCCGUGAAGCGCACCAAAGCUGAGUGAUUGUUCUUGAGUCCUACUUAACAACUACUCUACCUUCUACUGCGACUCCAGUCAUACCCUUACAAAUGCAUUCCCAGUGUCAAACUAGUGGCCAAGUCAUCGCUCUAUUCAAUGUGCUGUAACUAACUCGCAUAUAGGGUCCAAUGCUCGUAUUUGUUGCUGGAGCCAUUCACAUUCUGUACAUUAGUCUUUUGAUUCUCAAAGACCAUGUACUCCUUAAGUGGAUAAAUACGCUUUUAAUUAUUUAAAGGAAACAGGAUGGUGUGUAGCAUCUCUAAAAAGCCUAUGUUUGUACACUGAUGUGUGUUGAUGACAAUCCUUUGUUGUAGAUCUAGUUUGUAAGUUGUUGUAAGAGUUUUAAUUUAUGAAGGAUAGUAACUUGAGCACUUUUUGUUCUUUCACUUUUAAGUAUUUCAGUUCACGUUAAAGCGCUUUGAGAUUUCUUUGUAAUAAAUUUCGCUGUUGAAGUUACAUAAAUUAUUGUUAAAUUAUUAUCAUCAUUAAAGACUUGUUUGGUAUCUGCACUGUGUAUUUUGUAAGCAAUUCAUCAAACUUGAAAUAAAAAAGGAAACCAC